AUGUCGAAACCUACCUUCCAGGGACCAUCAGUCGAAGAAUUGGACGCCAUAGAGUUGGCAGACUACGGGCAUUUGAGCAGGAGCAAAAAUCCAGACGCAGCAAUCAAUGUUCCAAGCGGUCUUCGAACGCCAGAAGAAGUUCAUUCACCAGUGCACUCCAUUCAACAACACACGCCAAAGACUCCCGACGAGCUCGAGUCGAGCCAGCCAUUUACGCCGAGACAGAUGGCAGCAACAGGAAUAUCUCCUUCUUUCUUCUAUCCCGCUAUGAACCGUUGGAGAGUCCUGGCUGCGUGUCUUAUCUACUUUGGCAAUGGCAUGAGCGACUCAGCACCCGGAGCUCUUAUACCUUAUAUUGAGGACUUUUACAAUAUUGGCUACGCGAUCGUAUCUUUGAUCUGGGUGGGAAAUGCAAUCGGAUUCAUAUCAUCCGCUUUCUGCACCAACAUCAUAACUGCGCGGCUGGGACGGGCGAAAACCUUGAUGCUAUCUGAAGCCAUGAUGGCAGCUGCAUAUAUCAUCAUCACAUGUGCACCGCCAUUCCCGGUCGUUGUGGUAGCGUACUUCAUCAUGGGAUUUGGAAACUCCUUGAAUCUAGCCCUGAACAACGUGUUUUGCGCAAAUCUGAGCGGCUCGACUGUCAUUCUUGGGUUGACCCACGGAUCGUAUGGGAUUGGUGGCAUCGUCGCUCCAAUAAUUGCCACUUCCAUGGUCUCCAACGACAUCCUCUGGGCACGAUUCUAUCUGAUCGCGAUGGGAGUACGGAUCUUUUGCUUCUUCUUCGUGGGCUGRGCGUUCUGGAACUAUGAAAAGGAAGGAACCUCACAAUUCGCCAAUAGCCUUCAGCAUGCCUCCAGCUCACAGGCCGCGUCUGUACUUGACGAGACAAGUAAGCUAGGAUUGCUCAAACGAGCGCUCAAGAACAAGACAACGCUCAUUGGAGCUCUGUUCAUCUUCGCUUACCAAGGAGGCGAAGUCUCCGAAUCGGGUUGGUUCGUCAGCUACCUGAUUGACUAUCGCAAAGGUGAUCCAGCAAAGGUUGGAUAUACUUCUUCCGGAUUUUGGGCGGGAAUCACGAUUGGCAGGUUCACACUGACGCACAUUGCUCACAAACUUGGAGAGAAACGCUUCGUUGUCGUGAUGACACUCGGAGUAAUAGCGUUCCAGAUUAUGGCUUGGCUAAUACCUAAUAUCAUCGGGAAUGCUGUAUCGGUUGCAAUUCUGGGUCUGCUUCUUGGGCCUGUCUACCCUUGUGCCACGACCGUUUUCACGAAGCUGAUUCCAGGAAACCUCCAAGUGAUCGCUAUCGGGUUCAUUGCCUCGGCUGGAAGCAGUGGCGGCGCCGUAGUACCUUUUCUCACAGGUCUUGUCGCGGAGAGCCAGGGAACGUUCGUGAUGCAUCCAAUUUGCAUCGGUUUCUUCGGCUUGAUGCUCGGAUGCUGGGCUGUGCUGCCAAAGGUUGUGAAGCGUAGCGAUUGA